GGGGCAGGGGCCAGAGCGGAUCCGACCCCUGCGGUCUCGCAGGGCGCCUGGUUCUGCAGUUCAGCUCCUGCUGCGUGCAGGGAUGCUGGGAAAGCCCUGUGCCGCGGGGCGCGGGACUUGUCUGUGGACUUGGCUCUCGUGUGUCCCCUGGCUACCUAACAGGUGACUUCCAGGGGCUCCAGGAGACUAGCUGUGCGCUCGUUGCUGGGGAGCCUCAAGCUGCCAUACUUUGGGCACCCUCAACAUCCUUGUAGCCUUCCUGUGGCCAUUGGAGGCCUCCUGACAUUCAAGGGAUUGCCAUUCGUGAGGGCAUGCCUUCCUCCGCCUUGUGUGUCCCUCCGGGGCUCCCAGCAGUGACGGAGAACAAUUGCAGCUUGUGACAUUGGGGUUUCUUAAGGAGACGUCAGUGUAACAGAAGGCGCAGUGCUGGGGAGUCUGAGGAGCGCGAAGGCUGAGUGGCUGUCAGAGCUUGCGUGCACUUUCUCUUGAGGACCUGGGAUCUGCUUGCAGUGGCACCCUCUUCCAAGCCGUCACAGAGGGCUCUGCGUUAGAGUCCAGCAGCCCACGGUGCUGCCCCUUUGGCGGCCUGGCUCUUGCCCUCGGUUUGCUUGCCUGGAGCGUGACGUCUUUGACAAACCCCCGAGAUGGGGCGAUCCGGACCUGCCAGCCUAGGGCAGUGUGAGCAGCAUGCCGUUUAUAUGAGAACAGCAUCCUAGUGACCGCGGCACUGGGGACCCGCAGGAUUAGUGACUGGCAAAUGAGCACUGGUUGUGAGCAGUGCCCUUGGUCGUACAGCUCGAGUCUGGGGGCAGGCCAGCCUGUGGGGUAGCACGCCUGCCAACGGGCAGGCCUGUGCAGCAGACUGUGAACGGGGGGUGACCUAAGGGUAGAGCUGAAUGCAUGGGGCAGUCUGCUGGCUGGCACAUGCGGACGGCCUGUGGGGCAGUGCAGCACGGGGUGGGCAUGUGAGGCGGCCUGGGAGUCGGGAGCACGUGGGUGGCCUUUUAAAGGGUCAAGUGUUCUCUUGGCAAUGACAGGCCAACGCACUCCCUUCAGUACCGGGGACAAUGGCUGAAGCGGUGGUGAAGAGACCCCCUCUCACCUGUGGGUGGGUGAGGGGUGUCAGGGUCAGUCAUAGAUUCAUAGAUGCUGGGGUCGGAAGGGACCUCAACAGAUCAUGGAGUCCAACCCCCUGCCUAGGCAGGAAAGAGUGCUGGGGUCAGAUGAGAGUCAGGCUGAAGUCAGGCUUUCUGAUGCAGAACUGGGCCUCUCCAGCGCUGGAACUGCCUGAGGAUGUUGACAGUAGUGGAUGACCAAAAACUGGCUUCCGCUGUGUGCUUGGCCUUCCAAAGAGCCUUUGCUGUAGUUUGUCGCCAUGCAGGCGGCAUUGGAGACUGGCUGCCUCGUCCGCGAGGGGAUUGCAGGCUCCAGCAUCGCUCCGCGCAUGUGGCUGCAGUCAGGCAGAUGUCUGGGGCGGAGGUCGCUGGUGCCGGUGUGGCACAGCUCUCCUCAGAGCAGCCCACUGCUCCUUAGCAAGGCCCCGCAGGCCUGCCCCAGCAGCUUCUCCUCCCACUCCCUGGGCAGUGGAGCCCUGGCAUUAUGUUGUGUGUUUUCCUUUUACUGCUGCACUGACCCUGAUCUACUCUUUUAGUUCCUUCACCUCCGUUCUUGCCUCCUUCCUUGUCCUUCUCUGGACGUGGGCACAGCCAAGUCUCCUCCACCAGAAGGAGAGUCUCUCCUGACCUCACCUGUCUCGCCAGCCUGCGCUCCUUCAUCUCUGCUCUGGCCCCUGUGCUCCUCCAUCUCCGCCUCCAAAACGACUGAAGGAGCCGUCACAGCUGCUGCCUGCGCUCUCAUUUCUCUAGCCACUCGGCCUCAGGCUGCAAUGGGUCAUGCAGUUUCCGUGUAAAAGCGAAGGCAGCAGCAGAGUCUCUGAUAGUGUCCAUGAGGCUGUAGCUCUUGAUAUGGGGGCAGAAGUGCUUGAGGUGAUAACUGAUGAGUUUUCUGUCAGGGAGGGGCGCCAGUGUCCUCAGCAGUGUUGUUGCCAGUGGUGGAAAGGAUUUUGGAGAGAAGACUCUUGCCACAUUUCCUGGGGACUGAGACUGGACUUCCCGAAUCCCUGUCGGCACACACUUUGUCACCAGCUCUUGUGUCAUCGUUCUGGGCUCUGCCCCUCUCCUCCAUCUCUGGUCCUGACCCUCUCUUUGCUCUACCCCAGUGAUCCUCAGCUGGGCGGUACAAGACCCUAUCAAGGGUCAUGCACAUUAUGAGUCCUGUUAGGUGUCCAGACACUUACACAUGAUUCAUAAGAUAAACCCAGAGAUUUCAAACAGGAAUCCCCAGCAUCACAAACUUUCAGACCUGCUGUGGUCCCUCUUGCUUUCUUGUCACAGAAGAAUUGCUCUUAUUUUUCCAUGGUCGAGAAAUGAGUGACAAUGAAGAGGUGGCAUUUUCUGCGGGGGCCUGGAGCCUCACAAGGUGUGUCUUGAGUCUGGAAAGGUUGAGAACCUCUGCAUUAUCCAGACUGGUCUCGUGAUGGGCAAGAUCUUGAAGCCUGUGCUGUAGCCUCAUUCUCCUUAACUCCAUGAUGGCCUUUGCUGCUGACAACCACACCUUCCUGAAAUCGCUUUCUUGGCACUCCUGUCCUUUUAUGGUCCCUGCCUACCUCAAGCCUGCUUUAACAGGUCCUCCUCAGCCUGUCUUGGUGGACACCUCUGAAGGCCCUAUCUCUGGCCUGUCCUUUUCCCCUCUCUGCACCCUGUUUGCAGUGCUCUGAUCCAAAACCCUGCCGGUAACCAUCUUUAUGCUGAUAUACCAGUCUGCUGGUCAGCUUUCUCCCUUCCUUUAACCAGUAGCACAUUCUCACUUGCCUUUUCUGGCAUCUGUUCUGGGUGUCCAGCCAUCAAGUAAGCUCAGCUUGAAUAAAACAGAGGUAUUAAUCUCCUACAAACCAUCACCUUUCUACCUGGUGCUGCCCCGGCCGGUCGCGUGGACCUCCUCUUUGGUCUCUUUCCUUUGACAUAUGUAUAACGGAGCCAUAUCGACCUUUCAUCUUGCACGUUCUGCAUCUAUGAUCCAGUGCUGUCAGCGUGGUUCUCCUCCCCCUUUGUAGCAUGGGUGCCAUUGAGAUCUCCUCCUGUUCAUGGAGAACACUGCUGCCAGGUUCAUCUCCUUGGCCCUUGUUCUGGGUCUUCAGCGCCCUGCUGCUGCCCUGUCACUGGCCCCCCCUUCUCCUUUCAAAGGGAGUCUGACCUUAGUGUGUUAGGCCUUUCUCCUCCUCCCUGGUCAGGUCUGAUGUCUUACUACAGCAUCCAUGACAUCAGCUCAGCCUGAUGGCUGUUCUCAGGUAACUUCAAGCUCCCCCCUGCAGCGUCUCUGUUGCUGGGGAAAAUGUCCCUGUUGGCAGUGAUGGAAUCAGUCUUGUCCUCUUUUACAUCUCCCCUUAAAACCGACUUCUGUCAUGAUCUCUACUAAUUGCAACUAGCUGCACCAAGGCUGCUAACUUGUACAAAUGUACCCAUCCUUCAGCCAGUCUUCUUGACCAGCCCAUUUACCUGCUUAUUCACUCUCUCUGCUCACCUUGGGCUGUGUGUGUGGUUGGGGCAGGGGCUGCAUUUGGUGCUUGGCAGUUAUCACAGCAAGCCCCAUUCCCAGAGCAGGGUCCUUGCACCUUCCCACAGUAAUGAUAAAUAAGUGAAAUAGGGAUAAGCCCUCAACUUUCCCCAUGGCUGGAGGCUGUGCCCGAGAUCUGGUUCCACGAGGAUCCACAAAGCAUCUGGGUUUGAAUCAGUGAUCUGGAAAAGAGGGUGAGCACCGCGUUUUCAUGUGCAAAUUUUGCUACGAAACUCCUUGUACAUCGCUGGGUUUUAAAUGAGCUGAAACCAUUCACAAAAAAGGCCUGGACGUCAUUGUGGGCUGCUCAGCACACGGCAGCAACCAAGAAAGCAAAUACAAUGUUCAUGUGCAUGAGAAAUGGGGCAGGGAAUAAUACAGCAGGCACUGUGAUCGGAAGUGGGGUCAUGUCCUCACCAAGACAUUGUGCUUGGGACUGACAGGGUGGGGGCUUCGCGCUGGGCAGGUGGGUUUAUGUGGGAAAUCCUAUUGAGGAGAUGAGAUGAACAGUAACUUGUCGCAGAGGUGGUUAAUCGGGUGCCCCUUUCUGUGUCUCUGUAAUAACGGAGGGCAUGCUCCAUGAAACUGGAAGGCAGCCUGGUCAAAGCAGGUAAAAGCCGUGGUUUUCUCCAGCACGCCAUAAACCCGUGGAACUUGCUGCCAUAAGAAGUGGCAGAGGCCCAAAGAUAAAUGGGCUUCAUAUACAUUAGACUGGUGUGAGUAGAAGUGAUGCUCAGUAGGGCUUUAUGAGGGACAUAAUCCCCUCCCUGUGUUGGAUGUGAACCCAGCUCAGCCUCGCAGGGGGUGGAGAGAUGCUUUCAGCUGUUCCCUGCCCCUCCUGCAGGACUUCUCGCAGCUUCUGCGAGGCCUUUUGUCCAGACCAUUGCCAGAGAGGGUGUGUUUGACUUCUGAUUUAAGUGUCUGUGGAGCACACCUUACGUGGCUUCAGAGCUGGCUCGCUGAUGGAGCACGGCAAGCGGUGAACCAGCGUUGAAGGGUGUUCCUAGGAGGGAGUCUGCAGAAACGGGCAUGAGGCCCCUGCAGCUCGGCUAUGUCAUGCAGCAGAUAAGGCCCUGGACACUUAGUCAAGAGACCUGGGCUCUGUUCCCAGCUCUGUCAUCGACCUCCUGGGGGACCCUGGGCAAGCCGCAUCCUUUAUCUGCGCUCCAGUUCCCUGCCUGUAAAACAGGGAUACUGAUACUGGCCUUGUAUAAGGCAGGAAGUGCUAGGUAGGAGCUGGGUAUAUAUCAUUAUCACCAUUGGUGCUGCUGUCAUCAGUGAUACACAAACACGAAGAAAAUUGCCGCUGGUAACAUUUUUGGAUGACAUGAAAAUGGCAGAGUAGCAAAUAAGAAUGAGGGCAGGACAGUUGCCCAGUGCGAACUGGAUCUUGGGAAAGUCAGGCUGGAAAGGACCUUACACGGUCACAUCUAGUCCAGGCUGUGGCUCAAACCAUCCCUGACUAAACCAUCCUGGCCUUGUGUCUUCCACUCUGCCCUUGAAAACUCCCAGGGAUGGAGAUCCAGCAACUUCUCUAGGUAGCCUGCUCCAAUGCUUGACCACUGUCGGAUUGUUCCUCCUCAUCGUCAACCCCAAUUUCCUCCACUGCAGCUUGAGACCAUUGUUUCUAGUCCUGUCUCCUGUAGCCACUAAGGAAAGCCCAUCACCAUCCUCUCUGUAAUCGCCCUUCAGGUAUUUGAAGACUGUUACCAAAUCCCCCCUCGGUCUUCUAACUAAAUGGGUCUAGCUCUAUCAGCCUUUAAUUGUGUGAUCAGCUGGGCCUGUUCACACACAAUCCAGCCACUUUUAAUACAGCUAGCGCACUAGGAACCGAGAGUGCAGUCCUCACUUAGAGAUUUGAGGCUUGGAGCAUGGUGUCUCCCAGUGAGAAAAGCAGUGAACUUUGUUUGACUUGUCCAACAGGAAAUCAAGAGGUGACUUAUUUGCACCAUACUGUCUCCAGAAAGGAAAUAUGAGGUCCCAAAUGGGUCUCUGUCAUUUGUUUCUAUUGUCACAUCUGGGAGGUCCUACUCUUGGCCGCAUUGCUCUGGGCAUGGUAUGUGCACAGAGAACAGAAGGCUGGUCCUUGCCCCAGAGAGCUUACAGUCUCCCCAUAAGAUGAGAGAAAAUGGAUGGACAGACAGAUGAGGGCACACGAGGAAAUGAUGCGACAGCAGUGGUCAGUGUGAGAUGGAGUAGUUACCUGCAGCCUGGCUGUUGUCAAGUUUUUGGGGCUGAGAGUGUUUGGGAAGGAUCUGAAGUGGAAAAUGGAGAUUUUGGGGUGUUUCUGGAAGGUUUUUAUGAGGUGUGAGGGGCAGCAGUGAUAAGGAGCAGGCUCAAGAGUGCCGGUUUGCGAGGAAAGCCAGCCAGCGGCAGAAGCUAAGCAUCAUGGGCUGAGUGGUGGCAGGGGUCGACCUGGUGCUGUGUGAGCACUGACAGAUAGGGGAGGGAUCAGCUGUCAGCAGUAGGGAAGGCACAACAAGAACCAGUGGCUGGAAGCCAGGCCAUUCCCAGUUCAAACUAGGAGCAGGUUUUUGCAGUGGGAAUGAUCUGCUGAAGCAGGCCAGCCUGGGCAAGCGGGGAUUCUCCAUCUUACCAUCUUCAAACCAGCUUGGAUGCUGUUCUGGGAGAUGCUGUAGUUAAGCACCAGGAUUGGGGUUCAGCACCGGAAAAACCAAGUGAAAUGUAAGGGCCUAUGAUGUACAGUAGGUCAGACCAGAGGUCUGGUGCUACCUUCUGGACCACUUGGCUGCAGCCAAGGCUGGGGAUUUUGAUUGGGAUUUUGAAUGCUCCUGCUGGGACUUGAAAGGAGGGUUCCUGUCUGGAGUGUCUUGCCCCUCCGCUCAGGAUCAGACGAUGCCAUUAUUUGGGGUCAGGAAGGGAUUUUCCCUCGGUCAGGUUGGUACGGACUGGGAGGGGGGUUUGCCUUCCUCUGUAGCACGAACAUAGCAUCAGCCUGGGAUCUCUGGAACGUAUAUUGACAACCUUGUAUAGAAGCUGGACAUUGGCCACCGCGGUCCCCCUGCAUUCACUGCGGCGUGAUGUCUGGUGCUGUGCCAGCGUAACUGUAGUUUUGCUAAGAGGAAAGACAGUGAGACAGUUUGGACAGGGCUGAUCCUUUCUCUGGAGCUCCCUUCCAGCCCCACGGCUCUAGGAUUCUGGGACUCUGAUUCCAACCUUUGGCUCCAGGAAGGAAAUGGAGAACUGGGCCAGGCAGUCUGAGGUUGUGCUGCCACAGGUGUCUGUGCUCCUGCUCCCCCGCAACACGCCGCUGGCCGCGCGGCAAAAAAACUGCCCCGUCCUGAGCGGUGCUGAGUCGGGGGGGGGGCGAUCUCGGGGGGGGGGCAUGUGCCUCCCGCCAUGCCUCCCUACCAGUUGCCUGUGCCUAGAAGGCUCCAUCAAGGUUUGGGGCCCCAUUGUGCUAGGCACUGCACAUACUCCCAGCAGAAAGCGGGUCACUGCCUCAGAGAGGUUGCAGUCAAGGUUUGGGCUUCAGACGUGAGCUGUGCCGGGUCUGGCGAGCGAGGGUGGUUAGAUAGCGAUGCACAGUGUGCAGCCGUGGGUGGAGUCUGCAGCAAAUGCCACAGCUGUGGGAUCAUGGAAUACUUGGACCCCGGUGACGGGGCAUGGGAAAGUGCUGGGAAGGGGAGUGCGGGAGCACUCGCUGCUGAGCUGGGCAGCAGGCAAGGCCCCUCGGGGCAGGAGCCGGAGCAGCAUGGACCCUGACUUGGCAGCUCCACUAGAAACUUGAUGACAUUGCAGCAAUAGCUGUCCAGGGGGAAGGGUUCGCUUACAGAUCCCUUCCCCUUGCUCGUCAGAGCCCUGAUCCCAGCUGCUCGGGGGGAGGGGGGAGACUCGCAGUCAGGCCCGUCUCACCCAAAGCAGGGUUCCCUCGCAUUCGCUCUUGUUUUACCCUUCCCUCCCUUCCUCCUGCUGCUGCCAGCGAUACGUGGCACGUGUCUCUGCAGGUCGCGGUCGUGGUCGCUGCCGCGCGCCUGGCCCUGCCCUGGGUGCUGCUGCCCCUGGGAGCGGCUGUGGCACUGCCUACGGCGCGGCCUUGCCCAGGCACGAUGGGCAGAGCGCAGAGGGCACCGGGUGCGUGCGGGACUCGCAGGAAGGGCCCAGCCCUUCCCUCUUUGUGGGCUGUGGAGCCUGGUCACCCUGGUCCCAGUCGCGGAGGGGUCUGAGCACCCUGGAGGGGCGGUCGUGCCAGGUCCGAGGGCUGCGCAGACGGGGAGGGCCCAGGCCUGGGAGCAGGAGGGCGAAGGAAUGAGGCGGAGCACAGGGCAGGUGGGGCACGAGAAGCAGUAGAGCAUGGGCCAUGGGUACCAGGGACUUGCCCUUUUUCCAGUGCAGCUGCUUUCCUGCUUGCAGGUGUGAUGCCCCCUCAGCAUGGCCAGAGAGCGGGGAGCUCCCAGGCUUUCAAAGGGGCAAGGUCAGUCAGCAGCAGGGUCGACCACUGCCCCAGCCCCUCUGGUCACGCAGUGGCCGCAGGCAGUGCCCCCCGCCAGGUAGCAUCCCAGAGUGGGUAUGGGGCAGCUGAGGGCGGCAGCGGGGCCGCUGCCCUGCCUGCGGCCUGGUCUCGGCUGGAAGGCGGCCAUGGCUGGUGGAUUGACAGGCGACAGGAGACUCGCCUCGGCGCCUUCUUGCGAGGGAUUUUCUGAGCCGCUUGCUGCUUGCGACUGGGCUGUGGUCAAGCCUGGGCUGGGGGAGGAGCAGGGAAGGAGCCGGCGUGUCCGGGCAGCUGUCAGCGCCGCCUCGGUGGCUGUGCCGCGGGGACGAGCCGGGACAGCUGAAGACAUUUCUGGCCCUGUGCCGUGGCCUCCGUCCCCUCUUUGCCCCACCCUUGGCAGCCGUCUCCUCCACCUGCUGCCAGCAGUUAAUGGCCUUCUGCAGGGGACCCUCCUCCACCCCACAGUCGCCCAUUGUGGUUUGUACCCCUUCUCUUCCCUCCCUCAGGGUCCGCCCGCCCCUCCAGCGCCGCCAGCCCAAGCAGGGGCUGGACUGCAUGCCCUGCAGUCCCUUCCAGCCCCUGCGCCUGUGACUGGGACUCGCGAGGAGGCUGGGCAGCGCGGGGCAGUUGCUGCCUGGGUCGUGUGGUGGUUUGCUGGUGUCAGCCCCUGCCCAGUGCCCGUGGCUGCUGCAAGGGCUCUGUUAUCUAGUCCAUACCUCAGGGGAAAUGAGGAUAAAAUGCCCCAACUCAAGUAUAUCGUGUGGAGGUGCCCAGCAGGAGACUGAGCACCUCUCUGUGCCCCAUGGUGCAUUGUGAAGGCUGGGUUGCUUCAUGGGUUGUGGUCGUUCCCAAGGACAAUUAGCAUCUUGCUGCCAGGACCAACUGUAUCCUGGAUCCGGUGCUGCAUCGAGCUGAUUGUCGGACCAGAGCCCGCUGCCAUGGGACUGCUGCAUGCUGAGGGGGACGCUGCCCAGCCCUUGGGCUCCUCUGCUCUCGGAAGAGACCUGGUGCCGUGGACUCCCUCUUGUCGCUUCAUGCUCUCGUGCUGACCCCUAGCAGCUCCUCAGGGCGAGCGCUUUGCCCUUCUCCCCUGCAUUUUACCCUUGGCCGCAGGCUGCUGGGCCAGCCGUGGCUCCUCUGCCCUUUGUGGUCAGCCCCGGCACUGUGUGCUGCAGUACAAGGCCUAGACUGUUCCACUGUCACUCGUGCUCUCGGCGUCUUCCCAGCACCAGCCUCUCCUGCACCGUCACCAGCCCACCCUACCGUUGGGGUCACCUCUGAGGACCAGGGAGUGCCAGGACUGAGUCCAUGGCUGGGCAGAAGGGCCGAAGCUUGGGAGCUCGCCAGUCCUGGUGCUGGGACAAGGGCUCGUUGUACCCCAGCACCACUGCUGCUGCAGUAGCAGCGACUCACCUAGCAUUUCUCUCUCUUUCGCUUCUUCUGCAGCGUCCUGGGAUGCCAUCGGGUGCUCGAAUGCCCCAUCAGGGGGCACCAAUGGGUCCCCCAGGCCCUGCUUACGUGGGAAGCCCCUCAGUGCGCCCCGGGAUGCCCCAGGCCGUGAUGGAGCCGACGCGGAAGCGCACAGCGCCGCAGCAGGUGCAGCAGCAGCAGGUGCAGCAGCAAGUGCAGCAGCAGCAGCAGCAGGCAACCCAGAGCCGCAGCAGGAGUGCCAAGAGGAGGAAGAUGGCUGACAAAAUUCUCCCUCAGAGGGGCAUUGAUCAAAAUGCUAAAUCGAUGGUAGAGCCAAAGCCAGUCCCAUCUAUCCGGGAGUUGGUUCCUGAGUCCCAGGCCUACAUGGACCUGUUAGCGUUCGAACGCAAACUGGACCAGACCAUUAUGAGGAAACGUGUGGACAUUCAGGAAGCCCUGAAGAGGCCAAUGAAGCAAAAGCGGAAACUGAGGCUCUACAUCUCCAACACCUUUAACCCUGCGAAGUCCGACGCUGAUGACUCUGACGGCAGCAUUGCGUCCUGGGAGCUGCGGGUGGAGGGGAAGCUCCUGGAUGAUCUCAGCAAGCAGAAGCGGAAGUUUUCCUCCUUCUUCAAGAGCUUGGUCAUUGAGCUGGACAAAGACCUGUAUGGACCCGACAAUCACCUGGUGGAGUGGCACAGAACCCCCACGACCCAGGAGACCGAUGGCUUCCAGGUGAAACGGCCUGGCGACGUGAGUGUGCGGUGCACACUCCUCCUCAUGCUGGAUUACCAGCCUCCACAGUUUAAACUGGACCCACGAUUAGCGCGCCUGCUGGGGAUACACACGCAAACCCGGUCAGCCAUCAUCCAAGCCCUGUGGCAGUACAUCAAAACAAACAAGCUGCAGGAUUCACACGAUAAAGAAUACAUCAACUGUGACAAGUACUUCCAGCAGAUCUUUGACUGUCCACGGUUAAAGUUCUCCGAGAUCCCGCAGCGACUCACGAACCUGCUGCUGCCCCCGGAUCCCAUAGUGAUAAACCACAUCAUCAGCGUUGACCCCAAUGACCAAAAGAAGACAGCAUGUUAUGACAUCGAUGUGGAAGUGGAAGAUCCCCUGAAAGGACAGAUGAGCAGCUUUCUCCUCUCUACGGCCAACCAGCAGGAGAUUACUGCACUGGACAACAAGAUUCACGAGACAAUCGAAUCCAUAAAUCAGUUAAAGAUACAACGUGACUUCAUGUUGAGCUUCUCCAAAGACCCCAAAGGGUACAUCCAGGACCUCCUCCGGUCCCAGAGUCGGGAUCUCAAGGUGAUGACAGAUGUGGUUGGGAACCCUGAGGAGGAACGGAGAGCUGAAUUUUAUCAUGAGCCCUGGUCCCAAGAGGCUGUGAGCAGAUACUUCUACUGCAAGAUCCAGCAGCGCCGGCAGGAACUGGAACAGUCUCUGGGAGUGCGUAACACAUAAACACCACUCACGAAACCCCACUGGCACCGUGCUGGGGGACUUCUCCGUGUUACUUAGCUCACUGUUACACACGGACCUGCUUAGUGACUGGACAAGAACGUGCCAUAGUAACACCAGUCCGAACACCAGCUGUAGAGCGACCCUUGAGAAUCCUGCCAGCGCAGGCAUCUCCAACCAUCUUUGGCCAGAGAGGGCAUCCAAUCCCUGUCCCCAUACAGUGUCCCAGCAAUGAAACUACAGGUUCAUCCAUCCACUUGCAUCAUUAAGUUGUAGUGGGAAGUUCAGCACCAUACAGCAACCACAAUGGACUGACUAUACCAGAGUUAUGGGCAGGGGGUUAGCAUGAGGGGUACAGAAAACCAUGAAUACAGAGAAAUAAAGACAUGGUUCCAGCUAGGAGCUGAGACCCUUUCCAGCAUUCAGCACCAGCAAGUCCUUAGGAUUGAGCAGAAUGUUCCCUUGCCCAGCUGUGAAAUCCUUCAGCGACUGAAACACACCACCCUGCCAGCCAGAGCAGUGCCAGGGCUACCUCACCCUGGAGAAGGCGAACAAGGAGGAAUUAAAUGACAAAGCAUCACAAAUAGCAAGGUACGGCCCGGCCACGUCUUCUGCAAGAUCUGCCCCCCCACAUGAAAGCCUGAGAAAAACUGCCACAAGGCAGGCCAGGAGCUCGCAGAGAUGACGCAGUGCUCUGUAUGGAGAGGAAGAGCACCGAUUCGGAUCAGGACCCCAGGCGUCCUUGGCAGCAGCACCGCUAGAGCCAGCUGCAUUCUGGGAAAGCUGGAGAAACCAGAGGUUCUUUGUUGGGAACCACUUUGAAGUACCAGGUGCCAGUGGAAGGCUGAUGCGCCAGUCACCUGGCAUUAGCAGAAGCUGGUGCGUCAGACACCCAGUGUCUCUGCUGCUCUUCUGCGCUUGGCUUCUCAUUAGGGACCAGUGCUCAAGCAAAGGAUUCUGGGUCCUGAGGUGCUGCCAAGUCCUAGCUGAGCAAUGUUGCAGCAUGGCAGAGUGGGGCUGUGGCUCUCCUUUCCCUGAGGCUGCCGGGAGGCACAAAGGUCAGAUGCCUGCGUCUUCACCACCACUGCCUCCUCGAUCUCGCACAAGGAGCGGCAUGCCUGGUUUGUCACGGCUGUACUCCAUGGUACAUUUUCUCUCCAUGUUGCCCUCUCUGCCCCCGAUGUCCUCACAGGUCUCCCCCAGUAACAACUCAUCCUUCUCUGGUGACCUUCCGGGUUUCUCCUGCCCAGUCCAUGCACCUUUUCUGCAGUCAGUGUUUGCUCUGCCCACUGUAUCGAGAGCGGCGGAGGCACUUGACUUGCAGCUGAGACUCAUGCGAGAACCUUGCUGCAGAUCACUGUGUCCUGGGCAGCAAGGCCUUCCAUUGUGAGAAGGGCUGGUGCCUCAGCGCUUUGGUGAGGCUUUUGCAGUCCUUGCACCGUGCCAAUGCCACAGUCUGACACGGGGACUAAUGAGGUGCUGGGGAGCAAAGACCAUUUAGAUCUCACUUACUGUAGGACUUUUAACCUGACCACAGGCAAACUUUUCUGAAGGGAACCGGAUUGGGUCAUCUGCUACUGUGCUUCCAUAUUUAUUAGGCUGCUGUGUCAGUUGUGUGCAUGCUGUCCAGUGUAAAAGCUCUUUUCUGUAUGUGGUAAAUCGAGCAGCUACAUUCAGAGGAUUGGCUCAGUUUCCAGGAAUAAGACAUGCAGAAGUAUCCUGGGGGGAUGUCAGAGAAAAGGCAGGGCCAGGCCUUGGGGCUGGGACGACAGCACGUGGACCCAGAGUACUUCAAUUAAGGAACUCUCCCAGCAGUGCCACACAUCCCCGCUGAGGGGUGCUGCUGGGGUCGGCAUGAAGCCCUUGCUGCUUGUAGAAGCUUGACUGACUUCCAGCUGGAACUGAACACAUCUGCUUUAGAACCUCCUUUAACAGUGCAACCACCCAGGGGAACUGCCGCAGCAUCACGCGGACGCUUACUUCCACGGCAGCGUACUGUACAGGUGCCAGAUACAAGCUCAAACGUACCCCGGAAAUGUGCCCUGCCAGGGCUGUUUUAUCAUAGUGGUCACCCUCCCCUGGGCCUUAUAUACACCACGAUUGCUCUUCCCCAAGUUAUCCUUAGGAGUGGCUGAUGGCUGUUUCCCUUGGGUAAAUGGGGUUUGGGAGUUUGUGCCUGUCAUGUUUGGGAGCAGUGAAAGGGCAGGUCUGGAAUGCAGUCCCCUAGAAACAGAAACUGUCCCUGCUCCAACUGCGCAGCCAGGAGCCGGAGCUAGGGUUAUUGGCAAUGUGGGCAAUUGCCCGCAAGGAACAGCAAAGGAGCACCACUGGGAGGUGCAGGGCCGCACCUGCACCGCCGGGCACUGGCAGAAGGUGGAGGGACUUGGCUACCUUGUCACCUUGGAAGACUCUGAAUAAUAAACCUGGUUUGAGCUCAACACGAGCUGGCUUUCACUUCAGGCACGGAGGAGGUUUAGCGAGGCUGAGGAUUCACCAGUUGUCCAGUAGCAACCAAUGAAUGUUGCAACAAGAGGUCUAUCCCAUGCCAGAGAAGGAAGGUCAAUAUAUGAUGUGCAGGCCUCUGGGUCAUAGUUAAGACCCAGGAGACAGUGCUGGGGAAGUAAAGCCCUGUCAAGUGCCAGGCUGGGGAUGGAGAAGUUGUGUCCUGGGGCUGAGGAUGGGUUGAAGUGGCAGGUUUCAAGCAGUCUUUUACCACUGCUGCUUUUGACCAAUGGUUGAGGAAUGGGAGUGAGAGCUGCCUGGGAACUGCAGGAGGGGACCACAUGUGGUCAGUGACCUGCAGCACAGAAUACAUCAAUGGGAGGAGAUGGAGCAGAGAGCCCUUGAAGUGCCAUAAGUCAUAGCACAGCGUAAUGUGUGGAGUAUUAUGUGGGUAUAGCAGAGUCCAUGUGAUGCAAUAGAGUGAGUGAGUGAGUGUGUGUGUGUGUGUGUGCACGCACACGUGAGCACAUACUCAAGUGAAUAGAGAGAGCAAGUGAGCACGACGGCCAGUCUGGUAACUGCUGUAUAGCCUGGGAAAUGGGCAGGUGGAGGCCCAGCCUACAGGUCUAUGGAAAACUUCAUUUGUAUUCAGGAAGUUUCCCACCAAUACUGAUGCUGGCUUUGCUGAGCCACACAGCAGCGUUUGCAGCUCUGGUGCAGACAAACACACCUGCACCAGUGCCUCGUUCAAACCCACGAGGAUGGGGCUGGAGGGCAACACUGGGGCAGCCGUCGAGGUGUCUGUGCUGGGGCUCCCAAUUCUGCCGACACUGGCCAGUCAGGAUUUCCUGGUGAGAGCCCCUCCCUGGGCUGUGGGAGACCGUGCAGGGAAAGGAGGCUCCGUGUUCCUGAAGCGACCCCUCCCUACUGUCUGUAGCUGCUCUGUUGUUCAGUGAGAUGUUUCUGUCCCAUCAGAUCUUGUGCCACAAGCGGCUUUGCCAACCGUGUCCAGGAAUGGAACUCCAUAGAAAAAAUUGUGUGUGGGUAAGUGUGUGGGUGGGUGUGUGUGUGUGUGUACGAGAGAGCACGGCUCUCUCUACUCUGUAGCCACCAUAUCUUUGUUGUAUGAUGCAGAGUGAUUCGUAGAAAAAGCUUUUAACAAUAAACACUUUGUUCCUUUGUA